AUGUAAAGACCAAAAGAUACCGAAUACGAUUGGAUAUUUAAGUUACUUAUUAUUGGUGAUUCUGGUGUAGGAAAAACUAAUCUUUUAUUAAGAUUUUGCGAUGAUAAAUUUGCUACCUCGCAUUUAGCAACUAUGGGUAUUGACUUUAAAUCCAAAAAGAUAGAAAUUGAUGGCAAAAAAAUAAAAUUACAAGUUUGGGAUACUGCUGGCUAAGAAAGAUUUAGAUAAAUCACAUAAAAUUAUUAUAAAGGAGCUAUGGGCGUUAUUAUGACCUACUCAAUAAAUGAUAAAGAAUCCUUCAGAAAUAUUGAAGUUUGGAUGAAACAAAUCAGAUAAUAAGCAAGUGUAAACAUUGCAAAAUUACUAGUAGGUAAUAAAUGCGAUAUGGAAUCCGAAAGACAAGUAACAUUUGAAGAAGGUAAAUCCCUCGCAGACACAUUCGGAAUUAAAUUUUUCGAAACCUCUGCAAAAUCUGAUAUAAAUGUAACUGAGGCUUUCUUCACUAUUUGUAAGGAAAUUUAAGAAAAAAUUAAUAUCAACCCAGAACCAAAGAGUGAAUCUCCAUUUACUCUAAAAUAAGAAUAGAACAAUAAUGGUAAAAACACUGGAAGAACAUGCUGUUGA